GAGAGCUCUGAAAACAAUUUUAAGAUGGCGACGGCGGCGGCUCGGAAAACAAUGGGGCCGGGGCGGCGGGGACAGGCCAAGGCCUGAAGUGGGCAGCGAGCGCCGGCUGGGGGUCGGGCCGAGCGGGGCAGGAGAAAGACCCACCGCCGCGCGUGAGCCCGCUCCACAGCCUGCGGGGGCAUGGCGCGGCCGUGAGGCGGACCGGGGCUGCCGCAGGGAGCGGAGCCCGCAGUGCCAGCCGGCCCCGAGAGGCCCGGCCCGUGCAGCCCGCGGCCCAUGGUGCUGCCCACCUGCCCCAUGGCGGAGUUCGCGCUGCCGCGGCACAGCGCGGUCAUGGAGCGCCUCCGCCGGCGCAUCGAGCUGUGCCGGCGCCACCACAGCACCUGCGAGGCCCGCUACGAGGCCGUGUCGCCCGAGCGCCUGGAGCUCGAGCGCCAGCACACCUUCGCCCUGCACCAGCGCUGUAUCCAGGCCAAGGCCAAGCGCACCGGCGCUAAGCACCGGCAGCCGCCCGCCGCGGCUCCGGCCCCGCCGUCCGCCCCGGCCCCAGCGUCCGCCGCGCCCGCCCCGGCCCCGCGCCUCGACGCCGCCGACGGCUCGGAGCUCGGCCGCCCGGCCGCGCAUCUUCAUGAUACGGUGAAGAGGAAUCUUGACAGUGCUGCCUCCCCUCAGAAUGGCGAUCAACAGAAUGGCUAUGGAGAACUCUUCCCUGGGCAUAAGAAGACCCGCCGGGAGGCCCCUCUGGGAGGAGCCGUCUCUUCCAAUGGACUGCCUCCAGCCUCCCCGUGUGGGCAGCCUGACAAGCCUCCUGGGGGAGAGGCCUUGCAGUCCAGUGGGAAGCACCCUCUGGGGCUGGACUCUGUCAACAAAAAAUGCCUGGCUGACUCGAGCCUCCACUUGAAUGGAGGGAGUAACCCCAGUGAGUCAUUUGCUCUGAGCCUGGGUAAAGAACUGAAGCAGGAACCUGUCGAUGACCUACCUUGCAUGAUUGCUGGGGCUGGAGGCUCCAUAGCGCAAAGCAACCUCAUGCCUGACCUCAACCUGAACGAACAGGAGUGGAAGGAGCUCAUCGAGGAGCUGAACAGGUCAGUGCCCGAUGAAGACAUGAAGGACCUGUUUAAUGAGGACUUUGAGGAGAAGAAAGACCCAGAGUCUUCUGGUUCUGCCACACAAACCCCCUUGGCACAGGAUGUUAAUAUUAAGACGGAAUUCUCUCCAGCAGCCUUUGAGCAAGAACAGUUAGGCUCUCCACAAGUGAGGGCUGGGUCUGCAGGACAGACCUUUUUGGGGCCUUCAUCCGCCCCUGUGAGCACAGAUUCUCCCAGCCUGGGAGGCUCUCAGACCCUGUUCCACACCUCUGGUCAGCCUGGGGCAGACAAUACCAGUCCAAACCUGAUGCCGGCAUCAGCCCAAGCCCAGAAUACACAAAGAGCGCUCGCGAGUGUAGUGUUGCCUACCCAGGGUCCAGGAGGGGCCUCAGAGCUGUCCUCUGCCCACCAGCUCCAGCAGAUCGCUGCCAAGCAGAAGCGCGAGCACAUGCUCCAGAACCCACAGCAGGCUGCCCCAGCACCAGCCACCAGCCAGAUGUCCACAUGGCAGCAGACGGGGCCCUCCCACAGUCCCUUAGAUGCCCCUUACCCCAUGGAGAAGCCUGCCAGCCCUCCUGGCUAUAAGCAAGACUUCACUAACUCCAAACUGCUCAUGAUGCCUAGUGUGAACAAGAGUUCCCCUCGGCCUGGAGGACCCUACCUCCAGCCCAGCCAUGUGAACCUGCUGAGUCACCAGCCACCAAGUAACUUGAAUCAGAACUCUGUGAAUAGCCCAGGGUCGGUGCUGGACUAUGGCAAUACCAAACCCCUUUCUCAUUACAAAGCAGACUGUGGGCAAGGCAGCCCUGGGUCUGGCCAGAGCAAGCCAGCCCUAGUGGCUUAUCUUCCCCAGCAGCUGUCCCAUCUGAGCAGUGAGCAAAACCCCUUGUUUCUGAUGAAACCAAAGCCAGGAAGUAUGCCCUUCCGAUCACUAGUUCCACCUGGCCAGGAGCAGAACCCUUCCAGUGUCCCUGUACCAGCCCCGGCCGCCAGUGUUGGGACCCAGCCGCCUGCUGUGUCCGUGGCCAGCUCUCACAACAGCUCCCCCUAUCUCAGCAGCCAGCAGCAGGUGGCUGUAAUGAAGCAGCAUCAGAUGAUUUUGGACCAACAGAAACAGAGGGAGCAGCAGCAAAAGCAUUUGCAGCAACAGCAGUUCCUUCAAAGGCAACAGCACCUUCUGGCAGAACAGGAGAAGCAGCAGUUUCAGCGCCAUUUGACCCGCCCACCACCCCAGUACCAAGACCCAACACAAAGCACCUUUCCGCAGCAGGUCGGACAGUUCCCAGGGUCGUCUGCUGCCAUGCCUGGCAUGAACAGCUUGGGUCCGUCCAACUCCAGCUGUCCUCGAGUGUUCCCUCAGGCUGGGAGUCUGAUGCCAAUGGGCCCUGCACACACUUCGGUUUCCUCUCUGCCCUCAAACUCAGGCCAGCAGGACCGGGGUGUGGCUCAGUUCGCCGGCUCCCAAAGCUUGCCUCAGAGCAGCCUGUAUGGCAUGUCCUCUGGCAUAACCCAGAUAGUUGCCCAGCCCCCCACACAGGCCACCAACGGACAUGGCCACAUUCCACGGCAGACCAGCGUGGGCCAGAACACCUCGGUUUCAGCUCCCUAUGGGCAGAACUCUCUAGGAAGCUCUGGCCUCUCCCAGCCGCACAAUAAGGGGACCCUCAGCUCUGGUUUAACUAAGCCACAGGUCCCAAGGGUGUCAGCCGCCGUUGGAGGCCAGAAUCCCUCAUGGCAACAUCAGGCAGUGCCGAACCUGAGUGGCCAGAGCCCAGGGAACAGCAGCGCAAGCCCCUUCACUGCAGCCUCCGGCUUCCACAUGCAGCAGGCCCACCUGAAAAUGGCCAGCCCGCAGUUCUCCCAGGCGAUGCCCCGCAGGCCCAUGGCCCCCAUGAGCUCAGCAGCUGCGGCCGGGUCCUUGCUGCCCCCGGUGAACGCGCAGCAGAGGACCAGCGCCCCUGCCCCAGCACCUCCCCCGGCAGCCGCACAGCAGGGCUUGCCUGGCCUGAGCCCAGCAGGGCCUGAGCUGGGGGCCUUCAGCCAGAGCCCAGCCUCACAGGUGGGCAGCCGGGUGGGGCUGCCUUGCGCCCAGGCCUACCCCGUGCGGACCGCGGGCCAGGAACUGCCCUUUGCCUACAGCGGGCAGCCGGGCAGCAGCGGGCUGUCCAGUGUGGCUGGGCACACCGAUCUGAUUGACUCCCUGCUGAAGAACAGGACUUCAGAGGAGUGGAUGAAUGAUUUGGAUGACCUUUUAGGGUCUCAGUAGUGGAGGGAUUUGUGGUGGUUUUAGCAUUCAUACAUCGUAUAUUUUUGUUCUCAGAUUCAAGAAAGAGCAAUUACUUUGGACCAAAAGCGUAUGGCCCAGGGAGCUGGACAGGCAGAGCCCAAGCCCUGGCUGCGGCCUGGCCUGCUCAGGGUCCAUGGGCUUGUGGCUCCCUGGCCAGCAGUUGUCCGCUGGGCUGGCCCUAGCCCGGCUGCUGGCAUCAUUACCUGGUAUUGGGACAGCAGGAUAGGAUUCUAAAGGUGGUUUUGUAUCCAAAUGACCAAAAAACCAACAGUAACAACGGUGAAACCCCACAGUGUCAGGCUUAUAAAAACCUUUGCCGUCAUGUUGACUUUAUCCAAGAUUUCUCCACUUUCCCCAGUGUUGGGGACAAGUUUUUGUUGAAACUUUAUAUAGCAGAAUUUUUUGCAAUUUGUAGCAUAGGAAAGAUUUUUUUAAAAAUUUUAGGUUUUUAAACAGAUUAGGAUAGGUGGUGGUUUAAGUCAAUCAAGGGGCAUUGGAGACCUAGGGUUUCCUUUCGAUCAAGAGCCUUUUUUGUUUCUGCUCUUUGUCAGCUCUCAAGGGAGAAGGAGGCCCUUGGGAAUCAUUUCCAGAGUGCAGGCUGUGACUGCGCGUGCCAAGAAGGAGCAGGAUGCCGUGGGACGGCAGAUCUGGUGACACAGACAGGGUCUUCCUAGCAGCUCCUCUUCCUUCCCAGGCCCCCAGGAGCCCCUUCCUGCCAUGCCCUGGCAGCAGGAGCCCAGGGGAAUGCUGCAAGUAGAGAUUUGGGGUUCCUGCGCCCUCUGUCAUGCCACCCCACCUUCUGAGGUUCCUCUGAACACUCAUGUUGAACGCAGGGAGAGCGUGGUGACUGUGUGGCUGUCACAGGUGUCUUUCCUUUACCAGUCUUCAGUUCCCAUGAUCUUUCUCUCUGCCUCCUCUUCUUCCUCUCUCCAGCCAAAGUGGAAAGCAAUGAUUUACUAAAUCGGAGGGGAAAGAAAGUCACUAGAAUCCCUGGGGGCACCUUAGCAUUGCACAGGUUUUCGGGAAGGAGGCUCAAGCUGGCCCACAGGGAGGAGCUCUACUUUCUGAACGACCUCUGCCACUCCCGUGUUGGACGACUUGCACUUUUUAAAGAGAUUGCUUUAUAACACUAACACAAAAGAUUCAGGUGGACUUGACUAACCCAGGAGUCCACGAGAUAGAACGCGGCAUGUGGGCUGUUUGUGAAAAGGGAAGGGCAGAGAGGGCCCUUCCCCAUGGCGAAAGCACAGCAGUAAGCGCAGGGCGAGGGCUUCACACAGAGCCGUGGAGAGAUGGGAGUAGCUGAAGAGUGGCAUCCGUGCAGAGUGGUGUUGAGAAACCGCAGCCCCAUUUUCAUUUCCAUGCAGUGUCAAAAUGCAUCAUUCAAGGAGCAUCACACAUAAAGAACUGAGCCAAGGAAAGUAUUCACGCAACCAGCCUAAGUUGCUUUGAGAGGCUGAGAGGGUUGUACAUGCAUUGGUAAUUAUUUUGCACCAGCAGUGCCUUUCUCACUGAGGUUGCUUAGACCCUCAGAUCUUCGUCUCUAAUAGCCAUUUGCCACCCUUGGUGGCGUAUGGGCCAUUUCCCCUUAAAACACCCUCCCUGCCUUCCCCAUAUGCUUAGUUUAGCUCUCAGAGAAGGAGACGAAUCAUAAAGCCACCCUCUGAGUGAGUUCCCCAAUCUGCAGGGGAAGGGAGUGACUUCAGCAGGUUUUCUGCCAAAAAUAGGGCUGACAGCUGGUUAUGGAUCCUUUGCCUCUCCUAUCUCCCUCCAGCUGCUGCCCGCCUCCUGCCUCUGUCCCCAGGGCAGUCGCCGGCCCCUGCACUCUGCCUUAGUCCUGAGCCGGCCACACAGCCUGGGGCUCCUCACUUGCUGCAAUGUCAUAGCAAUAAAAUGUGAUUCUUGGGGUCCCCCCAGGAGCUGCCCAUGGCUUUAUUUAUAAAUCUGGUUUUGGGCGUCAGGGGAGGAGAUGCCUGCUUCUGCACAGCCCCAUCUUCCGGGAGCCACGACUCAGAAGGAAAGGGUGCUCGGACUUACUAUACACAUUCGCUUUGUGUAAAUAAAUGUUUACAAUUUUAUAUUAAAGACGGAAUAAGCGUUAGAGCUUCCAACUGUAUAUUUUUUACUUUUAUAGAUUUUUAAACUAUGAUCUUAUAUAUGUGUUUUGGGGGAUCUAUGGUAAGUUUUAUGGCAAACGGUUGGUAUUGUUAACUUUUUAUUGUCAUCAAAAGUGCAUAGAAAUCCUAUUAAUCCCCUUAUUCUUCUACUGCCCUUAACUCUGGUAUACACCAAAAAAAAAAAAAUCUUGUUUUAUCAUUAUAAAAAUAAUAAAAGUAUUUUGCUAGUAUGGAAA